GUUCUAUAAAGUGCAGCCCAAGCAGAGACUUUUACUAGCUAGCUGAAAGAGGUUGUACUACUUUGUUUACAAGAUAAGCUACCAAAACAAAAAUCCAUGGCAUCUAAACCAGGCAUUCUCACUGAAUGGCCAUGGACAUGGCUUGGCAACUUCAAGUAUGUGGUUCUGGCACCAUUCGUGGCUCAUAGCAUACACUCAUUCUUCUUGAGCAAAGAUGAAAAGCAGAGGGACAUUGUAAACUUUAUUAUAUUCCCAUUUCUACUAUCAAGAAUGAUUCACAAUCAAAUAUGGAUAUCCCUAUCUCGUUACAGAACUGCCAAGGGAGAUAAUCGGAUUGUUGAUAAGAGCAUUGAAUUUGACCAAGUUGACAGAGAAAGAACUUGGGAUGAUCAGAUCAUAUUUAAUGGUCUCUUAUUCUAUUAUGGAUACAUGAAGUUGGAGCAGUCUCAUCAUAUUCCAUUUUGGAGGACAGAUGGGAUAAUUUUGACAGCUUUGAUUCAUAUUGGUCCUGUGGAAUUUCUCUAUUAUUGGCUUCACAGAGCUUUGCACCAUCAUUUCCUUUACUCUCGCUAUCACUCUCAUCACCAUUCCUCUAUUGUCACGGAGCCCAUAACUUCUGUGAUUCAUCCAUUUGCGGAGCAUGUAGCGUAUUUCGCGCUGUUUGCCAUCCCAAUGCUCACAGCAAUACUUACUGGGACUGCUUCUAUAGUGUCACUUGGGGGUUACAUCACUUACAUUGAUUUCAUGAACAACAUGGGACACUGCAACUUUGAGCUUAUACCUAAGUGGAUUUUCUCUGUCUUUCCACCUCUCAAGUACUUGAUGUAUACACCCUCGUACCACUCACUGCAUCACACUCAAUUCAGAACAAAUUACUCACUUUUCAUGCCAAUGUAUGACUAUAUUUACAACACAUUGGACAAAUCUUCAGAUACAUUAUAUGAAAAAUCACUUGAGAGAGUAGGCGAAUCGCCCGACGUGGUGCACUUAACACAUCUAACAACUGCAGAAUCCAUCUACCAUCUCCGCCUAGGAUUUUCAUCCUUGGCCUCACAACCUCACACCUCAAAAUGGUAUUUUCCGAUAAUGUGGCCAAUCACUUUGUGGUCUACGAUGAUUACAUGGUUUUAUGGCCAUGCAUUUAUUGUUGAGAGAAACACAUUCAAGAAUCUCAAAUUGCAAACUUGGGUCGUCCCAAAAUAUCGCGUACAAUACUUUAUGCCACGGCAAAGAGAGUCUAUUAGCAAUUUGAUGGAGAAAGCCAUCAUAGAAGCAGAUCAGAAAGGCGUAAAGGUUUUGACUCUAGGGCUUUUAAAUCAGGAGCUACUAAGUAUGAAUGGUGAACAAUACAUAAAAAGGAAUCCAGAACUUAAAGUGAAGUUGGUUGAUGGAAGUAGCCUAGCAGUUGCUGUGGUUCUAAACUCAAUUCCUAAAGGAACUACUCAAGUAGUUCUUGGCGGCCAUUUAUCAAAAGUAGCUUAUUCCAUUGCCCUUGCUUUGUGCAAAGAUGGAAUUCAGGUUAUCACAUUGUCUGAGAAUGAUUACAACAUGCUUAAAGCAAGGCUUACCCCUAAGGCUGCAACUAAUCUGGUCACUUCAAUAACUUUUACUCCAAAGACAUGGCUAGUAGGGGAUGGAUUGAGUGAAGAACAACAAUUGAAGGCACCAAAAGGAACAUUGUUCAUUCCAUUCUCACAAUUCCCACCAAGGAAAGCUCGCAAAGAUUGCUUCUACUUCCACACCCCGGCCAUGAUCGCUCCCAAGCAUCUUGAAAAUGUUGACUCUUGUGAGAAUUGGCUUCCGAGAAGAGUUAUGAGUGCAUGGAGAAUAGCUGGGAUUUUACACGCAUUGGAAGGAUGGAAUGAGCACGAGUGUGGGGACAAGAUGUUUGAUAUUGAGAAAGCAUAUAAAGCCAGUCUUGAUCAUGGUUUUCGCCCAUUAACCUUGACUUCUGCCACUGAAUCAAAGGCUUAAAUCGUUCUCCUGUCCUUGGUAUAAUUGACCAGUGGUUAUUUACAAGUUAUUAGUAACAUGUAAGACUUUUUAGUUUAAUUUGUUUGAAAUUUAAGAUUUGUUAUUUAACAUUAUAACGUAUAAGGAUGCGAUAUAUCAGUGAAUUCCAUUUAUUUAUAGUGGAAGUAUGUAUUUGCUGGUGCUUCGAAUGCAUUUGGCUAUCUAUAAUGGAAUUUUAUCUUAA